CCAGCCGAAACGGUGUUCGUUGCCUUGUUCGCUUGCCUCGCCACCGUCCUUACCGAGACUUGCGUAGCACGCCUACUUUGUCCUGGUGCAUGAGCCCCGCCAGCAUCGGGCUGUAUCUUGCUCGGUUGCGGAGAACGCCGUGGCGAAAAAAUGCAAGGGGUGACCCAAGAGGGGGGCCUCGGGAUUUGUACUUUUUCGCUGCGCUGCGUGCGGUGAAACGCUCGGCGUGCUGGUGAGGGCUAGGGUGUGCGCAGGGAGGGCCGCGAACCUCGUCGUCGUGGCGUUGUCGAGGCGCUGUUGAGCUCAGAGAACUCAGCUGCGGCGAUGACGAUAAAAGAGGCAGGGAGGCAUGUCGACGGUUUUUUUCAUGUUUCCGUGAAANCCACUUAG